AUGAAUAACAGUGAAAUUGAGUUCUUCCAGCAACAUGGCUUGACAUUCAGAAAUGUCAUAGGGGAAGGCUCAUUUGGAAAACUCUUUCUUGUUUAUUCAUCCCAUUAUGAUCAAUGUUUUGCAUUGAAGAAGAUACCACAACUUUCAUUCCAUGAGAAUGAAAUCGAGUGCUUAAAGCAUAUCUGCCAGAAGAACAUCAUUAAUCUAUAUAACUAUUAUAGAUUUGAUGGUCAUGUUUAUUUGCUGAUGGAAUAUUGUCCAAAUGACUUGAAUUUAUUAAUACAUCAAGACAAGGAGAUUGAUCCAGAGUUACUUAGAGUUUAUAUUUAUGAUAUUCUUCAGGCAAUCAAGACCUGCCAUGAUAACAACAUUGCUCACCAGGAUAUCAAGCCAAGCAACUUCUUAAUUGAUAAGUAUGGUAGAAUCAAGGUAUGCGACUUUGGUUUGUCUAAUAUCUAUGAGGAUAAUCCAACCUGCAACACAUUUAAAGGCACUAUGCUUUUCAUGGCUCCAGAACUCUUCAGAAAGAAGGAAUAUAAUGCCAUGAAAGCUGAUAUAUGGGCCCUUGGAGUCACAUUCUUCUGCAUGGCAACCAAGACAUAUCCAUUUUACUGCACAAAUAAACAAAAUUACAUCAAGAUUCUGAACACAGGAAUCUUCCCUCACUAUAAAGUUGCAAGUCCAUCGCUUAGGGAAGUGAUUAUCCACUGUUUGGAUUUAAAUCCAGAGACAAGAGCAACAGUUGACGAACUCUUAAAGUUAGCAUAUUUUGACCAAAUGAGAUAUCAUAACCCAUUAGAAACAAAAGAUAUCGGAAAAACUCAAUCCCUCAAUGCAAUAAUUUUUAAACCACUGUUGAAGAGAUCAAUGAAAUUAACAGAGAGAAGUACAGUCACAUCGUUAAGAAAGAAGAUCCCCAUCGAAUUACUCAAGCAUUCGAGUGUAUAUUAA